GUGGCUUCCAGCCCGAGCAGGUAACGGAACCCAAAUCGAAAUGUUGGCCCUUGCCGCAUCUCUGUUCCUAGUUCCUAUCGUCCUCGCUUCAAACCAGAUCUGCGGUCAAUGGGACACUUUGACCGGUGGCGACUUCACGCUGUACCAGGACCUGUGGGGCGAAAGUGCCGCUACCUCCGGGUCGCAGUGUAGCUGGCUCAAUAGCACCUCCGGGGAUUGCAUCACUUGGGGUACCCAGUGGACCUGGCAGGGUGGCCAGUAUAAUGUCAAGAGUUUUGCGAAUGUUGGCCUGACUAUGACGCCGAAGCAGCUUUCCGGCAUCAAGAGUAUUCCGACCACUUGGGACUAUACGUACACUGGGACCUCUGGAGCAGUGGCGGACGUCGCGUACGACAUGUUCCUCUCCUCCACUUCAGGGGGAACCGCUCAGUACGAAGUGAUGGUUUGGCUUGACGCACUUGGUGGUGCAGGCCCUAUCUCCUCUUCAGGGAGCCCGAUCGCAACUCCCACCAUCGGCAGCCACUCCUGGAAGCUGUAUUCCGGCCCUAACGGACAGAUGACCGUGUACUCAUUCGUGGCGAGCAGCACCAUCACGGCCUUCUCCGGCGACCUCAUCGAGUUCUUUGAGUUCCUGGAGUCCAAUGAAGGUGUCUCGAGUAGCCAGUAUCUUAAUUCAAUUCAAGCUGGAACUGAGCCAUUCGUGGGUACGAACGCGAAGUUGCAGGUGUCGAACUACUGCGUCGCUCUUGACUGAUUGGUAUUACCAUUUACCAGAACCGAUGUCGGAUAGCCAUGUAUAUCGUGAGCCAGCCAGAUGCAAUGAUAUCGGUGUUUGGGCUGGGGAGCAGUUCGUCUUCAGUUG